GCCCUGUAUUUCAUAGUAUCAUGCAAUCGCAGCACACUCAGUAUCGCGUUUUCAGCAAUGCGUGGGUCAGGAGUAGCGUAGUUCAGAACAUGAACUAUUCAUAUGCUGAACAAUAUCGCGAAUUCCUGUUUGAUAUUUCCCAAUUCGAUCGUAUCUAACCUCGAUCUCUAUUGGGAUGGCGUUCCAUUUGCAAACGCAGUAGCCAACAACACAUUUAGGGUUGGCAAAGUAAUCGCAUUUGACUCAUUGUUUGUCGAUACAGCAAAUGUUGCACCCGCCACACCCAAAAUCUUCCUGGAUAACUCUCUUAUUGGCAAAGUCAAGGCCCUCACUCACGUCAUUCAAGUCCAAAACAACGACACCAAUGCGUGGUAUGACACAUUUGUUGAUGCUAACCCAGGCGAGAUUCUCUCAGUACCCAACUUCUUGGCACCAGCAACGCGACAUCAUCGGUUCAUUGUCGUCCCAAUAACCAAAGACGCCAUCACUGAAGGCAAAAAAAUGCUCGUAGACCUCGAAGACCUCAUCUCACCCCUUCAAGCUGAGUCCAGGACAACCAAACUGCAGCCUACAAAUUUUCCCAAUCAGCAACGACCUCCGAAUCCUCCAGCGACGCCUUUUACUAUCCCUACGACACCACUCUCGGUCCCACCAACAGCAUUCUACAUCAUCUACAAAGUCCACGACUACGCCUACAAGUACGGCUGGACAGAAAUGUCCUACAAUUUCCAGUCUAACACCUUUGGCAAGGGAGGAGCUGACUCGGGUGACCGUUGGUCAAUCUGGGACGUGCAGGAUGUACAUAUGGACUCUGACAGCCCCUCAGCACGAUGGGGCCCUCCAGAACGAUAUCAUUGUACAUGGAUUUACGCACGGAAUAACCACCUCACCGAGGGCGGGACCAGACGAUGCCUACAAAUAACAGAAGCCAGCGGAAUUGGCGAAAGCUGGUCAGACGCUAUGGCAGAAUACGCAUCUUCCUCCUCUCUAUAUCUCCCAAGCCAACAAACCCCAAAUCCCAGAUGGAUCGAGCAUAAGGACGCUACCGUCCCGGACUACGCUCUAGCAACAUGGGUGUUCAACAAUCUCGCCGGGGUUCGAACAUGCCCUUACUCUACCAACACCACCGUCAAUCCUUCCGGUACUCCUCAAUCCAGAGCCUGCAUGAAGUUCAUGGUACGCUCCCUGCUUGCCUUUCAGUGUAAUCCUUCGUUCAAUACCCAGUACCCAGAUGUCGGAGAAGUACGCGAAAACAUGCUCCAUAACGUCUACGCGGCACUAGUCCAAGCACACGGGAUCUCGUCAACAGCGAUGGACGAUCCCUCAGGCCCGGAAGGUAACAUUUUCUGGCUUCAUCUCUUCAUCGACGCGCUUUCUCUGCAGCCGUGUAAUCCUACACUGCCGAACGCCCGAGAUGUAUGGAUACAGGCUGAUCAGAACAGGUACGAUGGUGUUAAUAAGUGUGCCCUAUGGAAUGCUUUUGCCAGUCGCGGUUUGGGGGUGAACGCAGCGAAUUAUGUGAACGAUACGAGCGUUCCAAGUGGAUGUUAAGUAGAAUCACA